AUGGAAACCCAAAUCCUCGCCCCUCUCAAUACAUUCGAGACUCAAAUUACAUCCCUGGUCACUUCUCUCACCCAGACCAACACUUAUGCGAAUGCCCCUCAAAUUACCCAGAACUUAUUGAACACCGACGAUGAUUUGACGACCUCGCUAAACCUCCUUCAUCGGCACCAGCAAAACUAUGCGCGCAUCCUAAACCUCCGAGCCGAGGUGGCCUCCCUUCAAGAACAACUCCAGUCGACAAUCCGACAGUGCGUUGCACUAAGAGAUGAAGUUGGCCAGAUCCAUCCCUCAAUCCUCUCUGUAGACUCAGAUGACGAUUCGGAGGAUGAGGAUGAGAAAGUGGCCGAAGUUGACUACCAGACCCUUCUCACAUUUGCGGCAAGGAUAGGGAAGCACAACGCUGCGGCAGCGAGGGAGGCUGAGGCAGAAUCACGUCGCUAUAAGAACUCGACUCGGAGCCAAGCAGUCAACAUCAAUGGUGGACAAAACACAUCUGCUGUGGACACCGUGGAGAAUGCGACCGACGAAACCCACGCUGAGAUCGAACGGAUCAACAAUACCAUUGCAAUCACGAGAGCGCAGAUGGGUAUGGCAUUCCCCGAUGCCAGUAGUCUAAGGGUGGGAGAAUUGGGGAGAUUGCAGCUCUUCCGGGAACAGCAGAUACAGUCCGCGCGUGGAGAUAGUGGCGCUCUAGAUCGGACGCUGGAUGCGGAAAUCGAAAGACUGGUCAGGGAGACAGAAGAUGUGGCUGAGCGCUUGGUCGAGAAGGAUGAACCAGAUGACCCAAAUACUGAUAUUAGUCUGAGUCCGGAGGUAUCAAGGCAAACGAUAACAAGAGAUGCUCCAGCUGCCCAACAUCAGACGGGACAAGCGGCGGGAAGACUAUCGCAAUCCAAGCCUAGUCAACAGGCACAACCGAGGAGAAAACUCGAUUUGGACUUCCCUAGCAGUGACGAGGAAGAUGAUUAA